AGGAAGAUUGAAGGAAGUUUUUGUUGCAUAGUUCGGAGUCUGGAUUGAUCUCUGUGCUCCGUUUUCCAUUUCUCUUUUCUUUACUGUACGGGCUUCCCUCAGCCCGCUCCCUCCUCCCUCGUCAGAAAUGGAAACCGGGCCACUACCCUCCCGCUCUCGCUCGUUAGAAAUGGAAAACGAGCCACUCCACUCCUCCUCGUCAGACACUAAAACAGAGCCAUUCCCCUUGGAAAUCGAGCCACCACCCUCCGAGCUACUUCCCUCCCCCUCGUCAGAAAUGGGGACCGAGCCACUCCCCUCCCCCUCGUCAGGAAGGAAACCAUCUAGGUUGACGUGCUGUGGGGUUUGGUCUUUUGACAAUGUCAACACCACCUGUCCUUGCUGUAGUAACAGGCCGUUGCAGCUCAUUUGUGCCCCAGUGCAUUGGCUUAGUCCAUAAAAAUCUCUUUUACACAGCAUUGCUUCUAUUAGCUAUUGGAGUGUCGACUCACUCGUCCUCCUUGCCUCGGUUCAAAGAGGACCAGUUCCAGUUCACAACAAAAAAGCAUUACAAGUCAUGUUCAUGGCAGCAGUUCUCGUAUGUGACACUAGCCUUCGUCGUCCCUGCUGUUACCGUUUAUGCAGUUGGUUAUUCGAAGUCUUGGUUGAUUAAGUUUGGGACAGGAGCAUUAACUACCGUGGUAUCUACACUUAUUUUCUCAAUCGGUUUAUAUUCAUAUAAAUCCCCUAGUGGACGUUGGAGCUAUCUUACUGGAAUUUUUGUUAGCAUACAGACUAUGAUCUUGUAUGUAAGUUUCAAUCAACAAUCUAUGAAUACUGAAGAAAAGAAAAUGAGAUUUCUAGAGAGAGAGAGAGAGAGACAAGCUUGAAGAAGAAGAAAGGACUCUACUCUAUUUGAUUCA